GCGCGGGGUGGCGCACGGGGAAGAAGUCUCGCGAUAGGAGAGCGGCGGGGCGGGGGUGGCACCUCUUGCCUCCUCCUCCUCCUCGCGUUAGUUCCGGUCGCAGAGGGGACACCGCCGCAGUUGCCGCCACAUCGGGGAUUUCUGGCUCUUUUCUCUUCGCCUUAAAUUCGGGUGUCUUUUAUGAAUAAUCAAAAGCAGCAAAAGCCAACGCUAUCAGGCCAGCGUUUUAAAACCAGAAAAAGAGAUGAAAAAGAGAGGUUUGACCCUACUCAGUUUCAAGACUGUAUUAUUCAAGGCUUAACUGAAACUGGUACUGAUUUGGAAGCAGUAGCUAAAUUUCUUGAUGCUUCUGGAGCAAAACUCGAUUACCGUCGAUAUGCAGAAACACUCUUUGACAUUCUGGUGGCUGGUGGAAUGCUGGCCCCAGGUGGUACACUGGCAGAUGACAUGAUGCGUACAGAUGUCUGCGUGUUUGCAGCACAAGAAGACCUAGAGACCAUGCAAGCAUUUGCUCAGGUUUUUAACAAGUUAAUCAGGCGCUACAAAUACCUGGAGAAAGGUUUUGAAGAUGAAGUGAAAAAGCUGCUGCUGUUCUUAAAGGGUUUUUCAGAGUCGGAGAGGAACAAGCUGGCUAUGUUGACUGGUGUUCUUCUGGCGAAUGGAACACUUAACGCAUCCAUUCUUAAUAGCCUUUAUAAUGAGAAUUUGGUUAAAGAAGGGGUUUCAGCAGCUUUUGCUGUAAAGCUCUUCAAAUCGUGGAUAAAUGAAAAAGAUAUCAAUGCAGUAGCUGCAAGUCUUCGGAAAGUCAGCAUGGAUAAUAGGCUGAUGGAACUCUUCCCUGCCAAUAAGCAAAGCGUUGAACACUUCACAAAGUAUUUCACAGAGGCAGGCUUAAAAGAGCUGUCAGAGUAUGUUCGGAAUCAGCAAACCAUAGGAGCUCGGAAGGAGCUCCAGAAGGAACUUCAAGAACAGAUGUCCCGUGGUGAUCCAUUUAAGGAUAUAAUUUUAUAUGUCAAGGAGGAGAUGAAAAAAAACAACAUCCCAGAACCAGUUGUCAUCGGAAUAGUCUGGUCCAGUGUAAUGAGCACUGUGGAAUGGAACAAAAAAGAGGAGCUUGUAGCAGAGCAAGCCAUCAAGCACUUGAAGCAAUACAGCCCUCUACUUGCUGCCUUUACUACUCAAGGUCAGUCUGAGCUGACUCUGUUACUGAAGAUUCAGGAGUAUUGCUAUGACAACAUUCAUUUCAUGAAAGCCUUCCAGAAAAUAGUGGUGCUUUUUUAUAAAGCUGAAGUCCUGAGUGAAGAGCCCAUUCUGAAGUGGUAUAAAGAUGCACAUGUUGCAAAAGGGAAAAGUGUCUUCCUUGAGCAAAUGAAGAAAUUUGUAGAGUGGCUCAAAAAUGCUGAAGAAGAAUCUGAGUCUGAAGCUGAAGAAGGUGACUGAAUUUUGAAACUACACCCUCAGUAAAGCAAACAGGAGUUGUAGAUAAAAUGUCAUGUCUCAUGUGUCCUGGUUCUUACAUCUUCCUACCUCCCUAUAUCAAGCAUGAUAUAAGGGCUUUCAUGGCAAAUUUUAUUUUAACUGUUUCUAUGGUUACUGGAAAUGUUGGGUUUAGUUUCUAAAACCAUGUUUUAAGUAGCUACAGGAGCUAUAGAUUUGAAUCUAAUGUUGCAUUAGUCUUUUCAGUUAUCUUCUACCUCCUGUAUUUUCUACUGUAAUAAUGUAAUUUAAGGCCUUCCACAAUGAACAGUUCACUUUAUUCCCUGGGUUUUCUAUAAACAGUUUUCAAGAUAUGAUUUGGUUAAAAAUAAUUUGUUAUAAAAAUUCUGUUUGCAAAUUAAACUGUAAAAGUAUCCAAAGUCUCAAAAGGCAAUGAUUUGUGUGAUAAUUUGGUAUGCCCAAAGCCCUACUCAUCAAUGAAAAUCUCAUAAGACAAUAAUUUUGAAUUCAUUAACAUGAAUCUCAAGUGUUUAGACCAUUGCUUGCAUGUUAACCUUUUCUUGCAUUUUUAACCCCAGAUGUCCUUCAGCUCAUUUUUUUGCUUUCUGAAAUUGGAAAAAUCAAAUGUGUCAUAGACGAUGGGAAGAACAUUGAGCUUUUUCCCAGUGAGAAACUUCUGUAUUCAGUUUGUAUCUUUCCAAGCAAAACAAAUGGUAUUCUUUUAAUAUAACCAUUUUCAUGGUAAGAAUGUCUUACCAUUUAAGAUAUUUUAUGUUCAGAGUAUACUUACAAUGACAGAAAAGGCUUGCAAGGAAAGUUGGAGUAAGGGAAAUGACAGAUGUAAAAACUCAGUAAAAAUUGUGAAAAAUGUUAAGAGUCAGCAUGUUCUAAUUGGGAAUCUAAACUUAGAUUUCUUACUGGCUUAGACAAUUUGUUGUAAAGAAUGAAGUGCAAUGAUAAUUACUUAUUUCUACUUGGUCAUACUGGACUGGCUUCGUUCUCUUUAAAUAUUCAGUAAUGACUCAAGCUAAUUGCCAUUUUUUAAUUGCCAUGAGCCAAAUAUUUCUCCUAUACGAUGGAUUCAUUUAUUUUAAUGGCUGCCUUUCAAAUUUCAUCUUCCUUUUCUUGCUGCUACCCGUCUGUCUGUAGGCAUUAGAGGCAAAAAAUGUAGUCACAUUUUUUGAUAGAAAGACUUUGUGUUAAAAGUGAACAUUUUGAAGGUUUUUAAUUGAUGAGAGAAACUAGCCUGGAAUGAAGCCACCAGAAGCUGAGUGGAAAUUGCCCCUUUGAAGGUGCCAAUCUUAUGAGCCAAGAGUUUGGUGUUUAAAAGUUCAUCUUGAGGGAAUAACGUGUAAUAUAUAAUUUGAAAUAAAGGUAUAGUAACCUUUAAAAGAGCAUUAUAACAGAUAACAUUGUGAAUGGGGUGAAUUUGUUAAAUGAAUAAUAACUUUGAUAAAGUUUUCGUGCACAGGCAAAAUGUAUUCACUAGAUUUCUAUGUAGUAGUCUGCUCUUACUUUGUAAUUUGUAGUCCUCAAAACUUUUUUUUUUUUAAAUAAAGUCCAUCCUUACACUUAGGCUUUA